UAUUGAACAAAAAGUGUUUAAUUUUCUCUCCACUUUCGCCAUCCAUUUGACCGUUCCAUUUACACACGAACCAAUUCCAAGUGGAGACUCUGUCACUGACAUUUCAUAUUAUUUUCAACAUAAAUAGUUUUUUUUCCUCCUCGUAACAAUACAACGCAGUGCGAAUUCUCAUAAACUUUUUUCGGAAAUUAAAUGCGUGCAAAUCCAAAAGAUUUCCAUAAAAUCAAGUGAAAAUAAACAGUGAUUUGAACGAAAUCAAAUGAUCAAUUGCCAAAAUGCGGGGCAAUAAAAAGCAGCGCGAAAAAUAUUUGGAUAAAACAAAAACAAAGCCACCGCACUCCAUUGGUGCGCCAGUCUCGUCGAGGGUAUUGAAUGUAUCGAAAAAAUCACAAUCAAUUCAAAAGAAACCGGAAAAACAAACGGUCCAAGGCAAACUGAUUCCGGUCAAAAUUGAAAAUGAAAAAAAAGUGUUAACAAUCUCAAAGGUCACACCGCCACCAAGUACGACCAAAACACGCGAAACAAAAUUGAUAAAAAGUAGCUCAACGGUGGUAAAGUCUCAAGUGGAGUCGAAGAAAACAAUCGAGACAGGUCAAAGAGCCGGCCAAGAAGUAAAAUCAAAAGAAACCCCCGCAAAGACAAGCGACAAGGAUAUCAUUUGUGGACAUUGUAAUUUACAUUUCUCAACGACAUCAUGGUUGAAAAAACAUAUCGCAACCAGUCAUGCGGGUGUAUCGUCAUCAGCAUCAUCAAGCGCCAAGCCGAAAAUCGACCAAAAAGCAAAGAUUUUGAAUUACAAAAAACAAUUGGAUGUCAUUCAAAAGAGCUUGGAGAAAAAUAAAAAGAAAUCAAAGGUGUCACCGAGCAAACAAACGCUGCGCGAACAAUUAAAAGCACAAUUGGCCGCCCAACAAAAAUUGUUACAAGUCCAACAGGAGAUAUUCGAGAAGACAAGCAAAGCACAACAAGACAUAUUCCAAUUGAUUGCCAAAUUGGGCGAUGACAGUGAUGAGGAUGUUGUUGGCGAAGAAGAGGAAAAUGAAAUCGAAGGUGAAGACAUCGUUCAAAAAUAUGAAGAAAAAACAAUUGAAGAAGAUUUGGUGGCCGAUGGUUACUAUGAACAAACAAAUGAGGGUGAAUUAAUCGUAGCAGACAAUAUCGAUGAAUAUGGUUAUCCAAAUUAUGCUGUCGAAGAACAACAUUUAAUAGGCGAUGAUGGUAACUAUAUUUUGGAAACUGAACAGAAUGAUAUGGGUGGCGAGGCGAUCCAACAAGACGAUCAAACUGUUAUGGUGAUCGUUCAAUCUGGCGACGAUGAAGAGCAAUACGAAUUAAUCGAUGUGAUUGAAGAUCAAACGUAUGAAAGUAAUCAAUUGGAUCCAAUUGAGAAUGGUAUUGAUUUUGAGGUGGUCGGCAACGAUAGUAACAGUGUUCAUUGUCGCAUUGUUGCGAAUGAAGAGUGUCAAGAACAAGUCGAAUAUGUGGACGUUCAAGUGGAAAAGGUACCCGUCAAAGUCGAUCUAGGAAAAAUUCAACAAAUUGCACAGAAACAUUUCCUCAGUCAAGACGAUGCCAAUAAAAAAGAUCAAGACGAUAAAGAUGCAAAAUUAUUAAAUGCUACUGUAAAUAAAUCGGAAAAACACACCAAUGAAUACAUUCAAAAAGUGGUACAAAAUGCCAUUCCCACGGAAGAUAACAAAUUUGAAUGUCCGAUUUGUCAUGAGCUUGUAUCGAAUAGAUACAGUCUUGGUCCUCAUAUUCUACGAUUGCAUUCGAAGCAGAAGAGCAAAAUCUGUCAAUACUGCGAUCGCUCAUUCACUUGCACCGGUGAUUUGACCAGACACGUUCGCAUCCAUACGGGCGAGAAGCCGUUCAAAUGUACAUAUCCCAACUGUGGCUACGCAUUCCGAGCAUCGGGCGAUUUACACAAACAUUUGCGACGACACAACGCGUCCACCGUUAAUAUUCGGCAGCACGAGUGCAAGCAGUGUGGCCGAGCGUUUGAACGAAACUACGAUUUGAAGCGACACGAACUCACUCAUAAGAAGAACGAAGAUGGUGUCGGCUAUAAUUGCGAAUUUUGUGAGAAGCGAUUCGUACGCAAGGAUCAGCAUAAAUCCCAUGUAUACAGACAUUUAGGCAUCAAGCCGUAUAAAUGCCCAGAUUGUGAUCGUCACUUUGGGGACUUCUCCAAUUGUCAAAAACACAUUCGACAGUGUCAAUCGGGCGAUGUGAAGCCAUUUGGAAGCGAAGAUAAUGAUACGCAGUACAUUUGUGAAAUUUGUAACAAACGCUUCAAGAGCAAAGUCGGAAUGAAACAGCAUGUUAUCAAAUGUGCUAAAAUAACCGAACUGCAAAAGAAACUACAAGAAACAUACAAACUGGAGGAGGAUUAAAAUGAAAUCAAAUUAAUCAUAAAAAAUGGUUAUGACAACACUCAUCACUUUGCAUUAUUUUUAAAUUUUAUUUUAAAAAAUUUCUUUAUUGAAAGUUGUUUGUUUUGCGAACAGAAAGAAGAACAAAAAAAUUCAAAACAAGAUCCGGAACACGCAAUUUCAAUUUUAUUAUUUUACUCACGAACCCGAAUAGCGGACAUACUUUAGCAAAAUGCAUAAUGAUAAUAUGUAAUAAUAGUAACUGAAACGUGUAACAUUUAUUGUAAUUGUCUCUCAAUUGUCUCAGUUAAUAAUAAUAUGCUGCUAUAUAUCGAUUUUGCAAAUGGA